AUGGCGACCGUCGUGGUUCAGCAGCAGCAUGCGCUGCAGCAUUCAACCCCGCCGCCCUCACCCAUUCCAACUGCGCUCGCCAUCCACCGCCGAGCCAGCCCAAUCCCGAACAAGCAUCUGCCAGUCUGCCCAACGGGGCCCUCACCAUCAGAGUCGGCCUCCCAGGAAUCACUAGGGUUCCGAUCGACCCAUGACCAGACAUCCUCCCUCCUACAUCCUCCAGAGGGCUUUGUGCGUCUCUCGCGCCCGCCAUCGCCAACGAUAUAUGCCUUGGAUGGCGAGACCCUGGCUGCCGCACUCAAUCACCAGGCGGCGCAGCCUCUGCCAGAUCCGUCCCAAAUGUUCCCCUGGCUGCAUGGUCUGCAUCCAGACAACCACCUGCAGUCGGGCUUCUUCUCCAAUCGCAAGCGCUCGCUGCGCCGAUCGCCCAAAUGUUGGCGCGGCAUCACGGUGGUCAAGCUCGGCGGUGACCUGAGCAAGGCGCGCAUCAAGGGUGCCGUGACUGCCCAAGAGGUGGUCACUCCCUCGGCACGCUUCUUGAUGUCUGAUCCCCCCGAGGGCUUCUCGGUCCGGAACUUCCAGAUCCAGACGGCCAAAUUGGCUGCGAUGUCGGAUAUUGUGGUCUAUGCCGAAGAUGGAGCGAGUAGAUCUGAAUUGCUUGCGCUGGCGGAGGAUUUUGCAACCGCCCAACAAGCCUGGAGACUGAAGAAUGACCCUGCCCAGGAGCGCCCGGCAUACCAUACCUUUGUUCUGACCAGUAGCUUUGCCGAGUUCGAGAAGAAAUGCCCCACGAUGGUGGCCAUCGACUCCAAUGGCCAUUGCACAGGCCAAGUCAUGGACUUUUUCCAAUGGGAGCGAAUCGAAAUGUGCACCAUGUCCCGAGCGUCAGAAAUAUCCGCCAAUGUCUUCCUGGGACCCACUCCAGAGUAUAUUCUGAGACCUGAGGCGUGCCAGCCGCCGAAAGAUGAGGCCUACGACCUUCUGAUCGAGGCCAGCGAUUUGGCCAACAUCCCUGGCCCCCGUUUCUUGGGCAUGAUUGACAAACAACUCGAAGACUGUACUCAGCGCAUGGAGUUCCCCUCGUCGGGGUCGAUCGUUCUUCCCUCGGGAAAUACCCGUGAAGUGGAGGAUAUCGUCAACACGAUCCGUUGGAUCUAUUAUCUGGCGAAUCCUGAACAACCCGCCGAGGUGGUUGAUCACGAGGGCGAUGUCGCCAUGACUCACACUGGGAAAAAGGCUCGCCGAGUGUUGAUUCACUGUGCUGAUGGGUACACUGAGAGCUCACUGCUCGCAGUCGCAUAUUACAUGUUUGCCGAGGGAGUUCCUGCACCAGAGGCUUGGCUUCAGCUGCAUUGUAACAAAAAGCGCAAUUUCUUUGCUUACCCGACGGACGUCGCGUUCCUGAGCCACAUCCAGCCGCGUCUUUUGCAGGAAAGUCCUGCCGCGAGGUCCAUAGAUACAUCGUGCAUUUGGGAUCCUGACUGGUUCUUGAAGAUGGAUGGGUCCCUCCCCAGCCGGAUUUUGCCGUAUCUGUAUCUGGGGAAUCUCAACCAUGCAAAUAACCCGGACUUGUUGCGGGAGCUCGGCAUCCGACGUGUUUUGAGUAUUGGGGAGGCUGUCAAUUGGAGUCUUGAGGAACGCUCCAAGUGGGGCAGUGACAAUUUGAUGUUCAUCCACAAUGUGCAGGACAAUGGCAUUGACCCGUUGUCAGAGGAGAUUGAUCAGUGUCUGGAGUUCUUGGGUAAAGGGAAGAGCGAUGGCACAGCGACCUUGGUUCAUUGUCGCGUGGGUGUUUCCCGAUCCGCCAGUAUUUGCAUCGCCGAGGUGAUGGCCUCGCAGGGCAUGUCCUUCCCUCGCGCUUAUUGCUUUGUCCGGGCUAGACGCUUGAACGUAAUCAUCCAGCCUCACCUUCGAUUUGUCUACGAGUUACUACAGUGGGAACAGCUGCAAAAACAGAAGCGUGGCAUUCCCUCAAAACGCGAGUUAGAAUGGGCAACCGUCUCGCGUGAAAUCGCCCUCCUCAACAAGCCGUACUCAAGAACCUGA